UCUCUCUCUCUCUCACACACAUUUUUGUUUUAUUCACCACAAAAUUCAAAGCUCUUCCUCAGAAUGUUGAUAAGAAGGCAACAAAAUGUAUAUCGAUAAAGAGUCAUGUGAAUGUGGGUGUGAUAAAAGUGAAAGCCCUCGAAUGCAGUUCCGCGUGUACAAGUAGAUUUUGAACACACAUCUCGCUGUGUCAUACAUGUUUGGGGCCCCUGACCUGCACGCUGAGCGCCUUGUCGCCACUCGCUUGAAUCUCCUUCUCUCAGUUCUUCACCAGAAACCGUGCCACAACGGCCACAACACACACGAUCCGCGCUUUUCUCUCUCUCUCUCUCAGUUCAGCGCUAAACCUCUUACAUUUUGUGCCAACGCGUGAGUUCUUUUCCGUGUAUCUCUUCAUUGUCUCUCUGUGCCCAAGAGUUGAGACACUUUUAUUCACUCACUGGAAUUCCUCGUGAGAGCAACAAUCAUUUAAUUGUUCUCCCGCAUUUUUCCCAUAAUCUCUCAAGUAAAGUGUGUGUGUGUGACUCUGAUGUCAAGCUAAAUUGCUACUUGGAAUGUGUUUCUAGAGAGUCUCAGCAUGUCUUAUGGAAUUGAUACAGUGAAGUGCCUAUCAAGUGGCAAAAAGCCAUAAAAAGAAUGCCGAUUAGUGACUGUUGAAUAUUCAGUGGAAAAGUGUGUUGCACACAAAGUAUUUCUACAAAAUAAAGAAAAUCGGCACACAAACAUGCCACCAACUCUUGUGGAAGAUUACAAAAUAGACUCAAAUGGAUUGCCAAAUAUUCUCAAUGGUAGCCAGAAAGGCUGUAAUCUGUGCAAAGUCGUAAAGGCGCCAGAUUCCAGAAAUGUGCUCUUGAACAGACGUGGCAAGAAGUGCGAUAGCGUAAUCAACAACACAUUCACCACCGAUAAAGACCGCCAGAGCGCCCACAAUCAACAUAUAAAGCCUCCCACACCACACCAAAUAUCAACUCCAGCAAAUAUCAACAGCCACAACCACACACCGCGACCGCCAACAUACGGCGACAAUCGUCUUCAGUACCGCCGAAAGUAUGAUCCAGACAUUUUUGGCAGAAAUCAACUCGACAGAUUCAUCCUGCCGCCACUUCAGCUGUGACCACUCAAGAGAGGCGCGAGACUAUUUUAGGCCACUUCUCAAUUUAUAGAAAUUAAAUUUUGAAAGCCUUGUUUUUUAUUUACUCACAAACACCGGAGAGUACAAUAAAGAGAAAUUGAGGAAGAGAGCAAAACCGGUGAGCAGAUCUCAAUGAUGGAUGAUCACAAGUGCUGAAAGUGUUUCAUAAGAUAUAGACUUGAGUGCAGCCUUUAUACGAUGACGGUAUUGAAUAAGAAUUGCUAAUUCGCCUCAUUCAGCGUAUAAAUUACUCAACUGUACAUUGAAUUGAAUAAUUGAUUGAUUUCAAGUGAUUUGUGAUCUCUUAGCUGGUGAAACAGGUGACAAAAUUUGCAUUUCUACGGGUGAAUCAAAAACUACCAAAAGUCAAAAUCACCAUUCUUCAGCAGAGCCAUUUGAAGUCACCUUAUAAUUUCCCUAAUUCAUCUCUAAACUCUCUGUUAUCUUCCAUUAAAUUGAUAAUAUUGGUCAAUUCCAAUCAUUUUUUACACCUUUCAAUUGAUUUCAAUUGAACUGAUUGUGUCUUCGUUGAUUGAGUCAUUAUGUUGGCAAAGCUUUGAAAUAUUUCC